AUGGGCGUUUAUAACUUCUUUCUUUUCCUAUCUUUGAACCUCAGUAUUCUGAGCGUGACUUCAGCCUAUAUCUCUACCACUACCAUUCACCUCGCAUCAGCCCAAAGGCCAUCAGCAACAAUCGCACCCUUUAAAAUAUUCCCUAAUAUCACCACGACAACAAAUACUUCUGCUUCAUCGUAUUGGCUCGAAGAAAUAUCUCAUCAGGGAAUUGCGCCGUUUCAUUAUUCAAAUGAUACCUCAUAUCAGGUGUUCCGAAAUGUGAAGGACUUUGGAGCCAAAGGGGAUGGUGUCACCGAUGAUACUGCUGCUAUCAACAAAGCUAUCAGUUCAGGUAAAAGAUGCGAGCCUAGUGUGUGUUCAUCUACGACUACAUCACCUGCAGUGGUUUACUUCCCAUCUGGGACAUAUCUCAUCUCAUCCUCAAUCAUUGAUUAUUACCUCACUCAGAUUAUAGGUAAUCCGAAUGACCUCCCUGUACUGAAAGCUACCGCCGGGUUCCAAGGAUUUGGAUUGAUCGAUGGAGAUAUCUACGGAGACAACGGACUAGGUUUCGGAGCAACAAAUGUCUUCUAUCGCCAAAUUCGUAAUCUAGUGCUGGAUAUGACGAGAAUUUCCCCUAAUUCUACAGCCUAUGGAAUCCACUGGCCUACUGCCCAAGCUACCAGCCUACAGAACAUUGUAUUCAAAAUGAGCGAGGCAAAUGGAACUCAACAUCAAGGAUUGUUUAUCGAAUCAGACCACACUUUAUUUCGAUCUAUGAAUUUCAGCUUACACGAAACAGGCUCGGGCGGCUUCAUGAACGACUUGAUUUUCAAUGGUGGUAAUAUAGGAGCUGCAUUCGGUAACCAGCAAUACACCGUCCGAAAUUUGACCUUCAACAACGCUGUAACGGCAAUUUCCCAGCUUUGGGACUGGGGAUGGACGUAUAUGAAUAUCAACAUCAAUAAUUGUACUACCGGGUUAAACAUAUCGGCAGGUGGAUCAUCUGCUCAGGGUGUCGUGUCCGCGACAUUGAUUGACAGUAGCUUCACAAAUACCGAGGUUGCCAUUAUCACCGCUUACAAUGGUUCGUCUUUGCCAGAAGCUGCUGGGAAUCUCAUCCUUGAUAACAUCCGUUUGACGAAUGUUCCUGUGGCUAUACAGGAAUCCGAAAAUACAGUUUUGGCUGGACAAAGGAACGGAUCAAUGAUAAUCAGUGGAUGGGGCGAAGGGAAUGAAUAUGAUCCAAAUGGCCCUACCAAAUUCAUGGGACCAAUUGUGCCUUUCCCUCGUUCUGAAUCUCUAUCUCCUGGUGGAAGGUUCUACGCUCGCUCAAAGCCUCAAUAUGAAAACUAUCCGCCUUCUAAAUUCGUUUCGGUUCGUUCAGCAGGUGCAGCUGGAGAUGGAGUUACGGACGAUACGAUUGCACUGAACGCGGUAUUUGAGUAUGCGGCCCUCGCCAACAAGGUCGUCUAUAUCGACAGUGGCAUUUAUAGAGUGACUUCGACCAUCCAUAUUCCAUCGUGUUCGAAGAUUCUUGGUGAAUCAUAUCCAGUCAUCAUGGGAUCAGGAUCAUUUUUCACUGAUAUUGUUCAUCCCCAACCUGUCGUUCAAGUUGGGUCUCCUCUCGAAUCCGGAAACGUUGAGUGGUCAGAUACGAUUGUUUCGACUCAAGGAUAUAUGAGCGGAGCUAUAUUGAUUGAAUGGAAUCUAGCCAGUCCAGCGAAUUCUCCUUCCGGACUAUGGGAUGUGCACACAAGGAUCGGAGGAUUUGACGGUUCUGAUCUGCAGUUAGAUCGCUGUCCCGCAACUCCUAAUAAUACGAGCAUCGUUCUUGAAUGUAGAGCAGCUUUCAUGUCGAUCCACAUCACCGAGUAUGCUUCUGGUAUCUACCUAGAAAAUAACUGGUUUUGGGUUGCUGACCACGACAUUGAUGACCCUAACUUAUCUCAAAUCUCAAUCUAUGCCGCUCGUGGGCUUUAUUGCGAAUCUAAAAUUGGUGCCAUUUGGCUUGUUGGAACGGCAGUCGAGCAUCAUACUUUAUAUCAAUACCAAUUUGAUAACACGAGAGAUAUUUUCGCCGGGCAAAUUCAGACAGAAACAGCAUAUUAUCAACCGAAUCCCAAUGCACUAUACCCCUUUCCCGUACUGGCUGAAUGGAACGAUCCGGAUUUCGCAGCCACGUGUGGAAAUGCAACGGGAGGAAACUGCGCGGACGGAUGGGGUCUUCGAAUCAUAGACAGCGAGAGCGUUUAUGUAUAUGGUGCUGGAUUGUACAGUUUCUUUGAUAAUUAUAAUACCUCGUGCUCGGAUCAGGGGAAUGGAGAAGCUUGUCAAGCUAGAAUCUUCAGUCUCGAGGGGAAUAAUACAGAUAUUGGUAUUUACAAUCUAAAUACCGUGGGUACCACGAAUAUGAUCACUAUUGAUGGAAGAGAUUUUGGGAACUAUUCGGAUAAUCUUGCUGGGUUCGUGGAUCAUAUUGCUUUAUUUAGAAGCGAGUGGUGA